GCCGCAUGAAUCUCCCAGAUAUGCACUACCAACGAUAUCCGACCGCGGGAUAAGGGAACAGCGACUGCACGGUCAUUUGUGUCGAGGGAUCUUUGGGUCGGAACGAACUUCGCCAUCUAGCGACGAGGUUUGCUUUGGGCGCUUCAAGACGACUGCUAGGCGCCGGCGUCAGCCCUAGGACGCCUGUCUACCAAAUCGAUGAACGCGGUCUCUACAGUCUCUAUCGCCUGCCAUGAUCGAUGUAGCAUCCGCUCGAAACGCUGCAGGAGGACCACCUCACACGGAGAGGCAUCGGACAGAUGAGAAGACUCUUAGCUAGAUGUGCUCGACGAGAGACUGCACGGCAGUAGCAGCUGACCACGUACGGACUUCAACUGAAUUUGGGAAUGUAGGUCCAACUCGCAGACCAGUCACGCAGAAUACACUCGAGCUUGAUCUACUACGACCUCUCCGGCGAUCAAGAACGAUGAUCUUCGAACCUGAAGGUCUCCGGCGAAUGAAUGACCACAAAUCGUCUAUACUUCCUAGCAUUCUCUCUGCACUCCCUGCAGACGACAACGCUGCCUCCGACCCCGACGGCUCUGGUCUAUGACUGCAAUGCACUCUACGGCUCUCUCAACCCUACGCCGGACGUCUACCCGAGCAAUGCACACCACGACGACGAGACUUCGUGCGACGAAUAUGGCAGGCGCCUCAACUGCAGCCGUCUUUCUCCUGUCCUCGUGUCGCUGCACACUCAACCUGGGCUUCCUUGCAGCAAUGGCGCCUACGCGUCCGAAGCGGUAGACGACCGGGAAUACCAGGGAUGGACGGUAGUAUAAAGAGGACCGAAGUGUAACCCACUCACCAUCGACUCCCCUCAACCCUCCCUUGUCCAAGACUCCCGUUGGCUAUCUCCCCCCACCCCGCAGACAAACAAGCCAUGUCAACGC